GGACCAGCAGUGCCUCUCACGAUUCCGUUCUCGCUCUGCUCUCCGUCUCGUCGUCAACGCUGUCCAGGGAGCAAUUCGGAGCCCGAGCCCGAGCCCGAGCGCCGCUUACGAACACUGCCUUGAAGGCUGAGAAAAAGAAGAAGAAGAAAGAGUGGUAAAGGUGGGUGAGGUGGGUGAGAAGUGGACGAGAGAGUACGAGAGAACGCGAAGAAGAGCUGUGUGGUAGUGGUGUAUCCGCAUCGUCGUCCGUAGGAGCCGGCGCCGAGGAGAGCCGUGUCCUCCUCGGCAAGGGACGCCCUACACGAGAUCCUGCCUGGUCCGUGAUCUCUGCCGAAACAACUGUGGUGUGCGUGUCAUCCGUCGUCAUCGUCGUCGUCGUCGUCGUCGUCGUCGGCCGAUUCCCGAUUUGCGUCGCUCGCUAAAGCGGCGGCUCUCUGUGUGUCACUACUAUUGUCCCACUGCCCCACACAUCGCGGCCUCAUGAUUGGUUCAUUCUGGAACCUCUGCCGUGCGUGCCCUUCAAUGCCGAUUGAGAAGCAGCUUCAUUCGGAAUACAGGAGCACGUACACAUGGCACGAAUACACGGGACCGCAUCAGGAGCACACGGUUGUGCGACGCGCGCCGCAGCCACCGCCAUCGACGAAGCAACCGAGCGCGAAGCUACAAUCGGCCAAGUCAACCGAGGAUGAGAACAGCGAAGGACCCACUUUGGAACCCCCGUUACCCAGACGAAAGAAAUGUCCGGAACUCGCUUACAAGACACACGAAUUUAUCACGGCGGCAGACGGUGGCGGUAUCGAUGCCGUAGACUCGAACGUCGUAGCUGAUAAGGAAGUUACAUCGGCACUGCCACCGAGUCAGCUCAGCAAGGCGAUAUCUCGUAUUAGCACCGAAUACCGGCUGCAGUUCGCCUGGCCUAGAAGACCCCAAAUGACAAAUGGCGAGAACCAAGCGCCGAUUCCAGCGGCAGGGGGCCCCGGGGGCACUACGGGCCCGCCGAGGAAGUCGCUCAGUAUGGGGGCGCUUAAACAGGGUAUGGCGCCCACCGGACCAGCGCCGGUCCACAAGAAGCGACCCGGCGACUUUGAUCAUAAGCGUGACGGAGUUCAGGCGUCGGAACUGGAACCACUAGUGGGCGGCAUCGGAACAGACACGAUCGACGGUGUGGUACCCGAAGCGGAUGAACGCGAGGAAGAUCUGUCGGACUUGAAAGUCACUUUCAGGGAUAAAAGGUCAGAUAAAACCGUGCGGAUAUCGGACAAUAAGGCGCCGGGCAAAUCGCAGGCGAGACCAUUUCCCACGGCGGAGGUGAUCGAGCUGCGGCGACUCGCUGACGAGUACAAGCAUCGCGACUGGGGUUGCGGUCUGGCGGUCGAGGACGAGGCUUCGCUGUGGAAACGAGUCUCCAGUAACCACGCUCUCAACGCCCUAUCCCUUGCCAGGUCGGUUACGAAAGAGGAGAAAGACAAGGAGAACACGAGAAAGGUCGCUCCCAUCCCCAGCAUGAUCGCGACUAUGCCACCGGCGGGUCGACCGUCCUCGGUACAGGCUAGACCGAUUCACGGAAUUCUGCAGGACGACGCUAAAGCGGAAACUGAUCGAGCCAUCGCUCGCGCAAGAAAGGAUUUCUUGAUCCGCCACCACCUCGAUCGCACUACCGGUGUGGGUGACGGUGCACUGCUUCCCUCUCCGACGAGAGAGAAGCUGGAGCCUGUGAUUCCACGACGACGCGACGAUACCAAGGAGCACCGGGACGAGAUUCAACCGCGAACCAAGUCAAGUCCGAAGAACAGUCCGAGAACCGGACGCUCGCAGAGCCUUGGACCGACCGUUACCGAUCGCAGAUCGCCCAAACGUCAGCCUCCCCGUGCGCCAUCCGUUACAAAGGACGCCAAAGAGAAGGAGAAGGAGAUGAAGGACAAGGAUAAAGACAGAGAAAAGAGCGGCGAGCCCGAAAGACAUCCACGACCGACCUUUCUCGCGACCACCGCCCUUCCCCAUCGCCCUCUUCAUCACGCCAAACCCGCAACCACUACCACCACUAACACCACAACCACCACUGUCACUACCGCUAACAGUACUAGCGUCCCGGUAAAACGUUCCCCGGUAAAGCAUUCGGUUCAUACGACCGUCCAUCACCUACCACCUACGUCGGGCGCUGCCGCUGCGGCCAGGCCGGAGCGCGGCGUUAAAGAUUUAAGCCAAAGGUGCCGUGGUGCGAAUGACGAGGCUCAGGCAAAACUGGCCCGCGGCCAUCCAGCAGCUGCGGCUGCAGCCGCCGGCGAUGAUCCAUCAUCCAAAUCAUCCUCCGAUACGCGAUCCGCGUCAAAUCGAGCCGCUACUACCGCCGUCCAAGCUAGUAAGUAG